AGUAGUAGUAGUAGUAGUAGCAGCAGCAGUUUUAGUAAUAACAGCAGCAGCGGUGGUAGUAGUAGUAUUAGUAGUAUUGGUAGUAGUAGUAGUAGUUGUUGUAGUAAUAGCAUCAGCAGCAGUAGUAGUAAUAGUAGUAGUGGUGUUGGUAGUAGUAGUGGCAGUAGUAGUUGUAGUAGUAGUAGUAGUAGUGGUAGUAGUAGUAGUAGUGGUAGUAGUAGUAGUAGUAGUGGUAGUAGUAGUAGUAGUGAUAGUAGUAGUAGUAGUAGUAAUAGUAUUGGUAGAAGUGAUAGUAGUAGUGGUGGUGGUGGUAGUAGUAGUGGUGAUGGUGGUAGUAGUAGUAGUAGUAGUAGUGGAAGUAGUGGAAGUAGUAGUAGUAGUAAUAGUAGUAGUAGUAGUGGCAGUAGUAGUUGUAGUAGUAGUAGUGGUAGUAGUAGUAGUAGUAGUGGUAUUAGUAGUAGUAGUAGUAGUAGUAGAAGUAGUAGUGAUAGUAGUAGUGGUGGUGGUAGUAGUAAUAGUAGUAGUAGUAGUAGUAAUAAUAGCAGCAGCAGCAGCAGUAGUAGUAGUAGUAUUGGUAGUAGUAGUAGUAGUAGUAGUAGU